AUGAGUAUUAAUGAAAUUCCUUUGAACUUCAAAUCAACUUUACCUCCAAGGAAGAGAGCGAAGACAAAGGAAGAAAAAGAACAAAGAAGAAUUGAAAGAAUAUUAAGAAAUAGAAAAGCUGCUCAUCAAAGUAGGGAAAAGAAAAGAAUUCAUCUGCAAUUAUUAGAAAAAAAAUGUAACAUCUUAGAAAAGAUACUAUCCAAGGUCGAUAACUUGGACAUAUUUCUUCAAAGUGACACAUCUUUACUCAAGACUUAUAACAAGCUUUCCCAACAAAUUAAUUCUCAUGAUAAAUCAAAUUAUCAUAAAGGUAAAACUGAAAUAAUUCCGAACACUUCAAUUUUAGUCCAAUCAAAAGGUAAUAACAAGACAUCUUCAAUUACUUUACUAACUCCAAACUCUUCAACAAAUACUAUAAUUAGCCCUAUCACCAAGUUUCAUAAAGAUGAUGUACUAAGGAAUGAUGGUACUAACCAUCCUCAUAAAAGAAUUCCAAUUGCAAAUAAAAAUAAGAGUAGUAGGAGCUAUGCAGAGGCAAAUGCUGAUGAUAAUUUCAUGGCUACUUCAUUGAAUAGCAGUACUUUUUCUUCCAACUCACCUCCAUCGUCUGUCAUCUCACCAGUAAGCUCUGUUGAAAAUUUUGAUAUUGAGGUCAAGAAAGAAGAUGAUCCUGUCGCUAUAUUAAAUCAUACAAAUUUGAAUACAUGGGAUCUCCAAUUCAAUAAAGACAUGACUACUAAUAUGAUUAAAUUCGAGGAUGAUGAACCACAUGAACAAUUUGAAAUGACAAAUCAAUUUGAUUUGGCACCACAAGGUACUUCCCAAAAUGAAUUUAUGUUCUUUGACAAUAGCAAUCAACAUAUAAAUUUUUACAAUAAUAACUCACACAACAGUUAUAGUCGGGAAGACAACAAUGUAAAUUCUACAUUUCCAAAUUCCAAUCAAAGCCAUGAGUUUAAUAAUAACAGUAAUGGUAAUGGAAAUAAUGGCAGUAACCAUUAUUUUUCUGGUAAAACAAACUCAGAUGAUUAUUCAUUUAUUUAUGUUGAUGAGUCCAGGAGAUAUAAUAACGGAAGUAUGUUUUAA